GUGUGCGUUCAUACCGAGCAGUAAAUCCAGCGAGAUUUCCUGAAGCUUCCUAAUAACAGCGCGAGUCUCUAAUGCUGACGCUACGGCUCUCAUAAGACAUCACUCUUCAUAACGCUCACUAUCAUCACACUUAUGACUCUUUAUGAGCUCAGACUAUUAUAACACCGCUAAUGAUGGCUUUUUCGUUACACUGACACACCUCUAUGGGAUACGUCGAGCGAGGGUUUGGAUAUCUCCUGUCCGUCAGGCUUAAGACCAUGAGUGAUCAUCAGGAUCAGGCUGAGGAUGUCGGGCUCCUAACGCCUCACGAUCAGUCAGAGCCCUCAAAGGACGAUGACAUGCACUUCAGGGUGCAUCUAAUCGAUGAUCUGUCAUACGAGGACGUCAAGAAAUGCUACCGUGGAUCUACCGUCAGCAAGUACAAUGCGCAGUACCACAAGCUUUUCCAGAGCGUUGCCAAAGAAGAGCUCCUGAUGAAAGUUUACUCCUGUGCUCUGCUGCGAGACAUCCUGCUACAAGGCCGACUCUACAUCUCUCGAAACUGGCUGUGUUUCUACGCCAACCUCUUUGGUAAAGACAUCAAGGUGGCCAUUCCUGUUGCGUCCGUGCGGUUGGUGAAGAAACAUAAGACAGCAGGUCUGGUUCCUAAUGGCUUGGCCAUCACCACAGACAGCAGUCAGAAGUAUGUAUUUGUGUCUCUGCUGUCCAGAGAUAGCGUCUAUGAUGUGUUGAGACGCAUCUGCACACAUCUACAGGUCAAUGGGAAGAAGAUCUUAAGCCUCAAGCAGUACAUGGAGGAACCCAACUCUUUAUCUCUGGAUGAGUUCCCUGUCCCUGAAGCUUUUCCUGUACCAGAUGAGUUUCCUCCGGUGUUGAAGUGGAGGAGGAAGCCAUCAGUUGUGUCUGUAUCUUCAUCUCUUCCUGACUUACUGGGAAACUCCACCGCCGGCCUGAGUGCUGUAGACGCCCCCUUCCAGACAGACAAGCCUCUGGAGGAUCAAAGUCUGGAAACCAAGAAGAUGCUCCUGACGGAGACGAUACCAGAACUGGGCCAGAUGGAGUACCAGCUUCUGAAAUUCUUCAUCCUGCUCAUUAUCCUGCUCAUCCUGUCGUCGUGUUACCUGGCCUUUCGUGUCUGCAGCCUGGAGCAGCAGCUCUCUUUCCUCAGUAACAACCCUGCACUGACUCUCAGAGAGAGGUAACUACUGACGGUCACCACUGCACUUUACAGAGAAGUCGGUCCAGCGCUGGCGCUCUCUCUCUCUCUCUGUGGCCACCUUGCAACUAUGCAAACAAACUCUCUUAUGUAUUCAUGCAAAGUACAUCUCAGAUUGUGUUAACAAUGAGCCUGACUUAGGAACAGAAGACUGGAAGUGUUCUCAUUCUGUGAAGAAAGGACCCGAUGUCAAUGUGGGCGUCAAGCCCUGUUUAUUACACUGAAGGCUCUGUUUCCAUCAACAAAAACUCUUCUUGUGGUCACUUGUCACCUAAUAAGGGCAAAUGUAUCAGACGCUCUACAUUAAACCAGGGGAAUGACUUUCAGUAGGUUAUAAAUAUCUUGAAUAUUUAUAGCUCAGGAUCUAAUUCAGAACAUUUAGAUAAGAUUGUUUUAUUUAUUUAUAUGCAAGCCACUUGCCAUGUCCUAGCUCUUCCAAUAGGAUUUAGAUGACAGCAUCAUGAACAUAUCUCAGUCUACAUGUGGUGUGAUCAGGUCAUCAUCAGUCUUACUAUGUGUUCACAGCUUAAUCGACUCAAGUCAGUGACCUGGGCAGAAUGUUUAUGUCAAAUUGAAUGUUUGCUCAACAUUAAAUCUCGAAGCUGUAGAAUUCAUGGGCAAUAAAAUAGUGCAUUUUCA